AUGGGAUGCGAUAAUGGGAUGCCUGAAUACAAACACUAUACCUCUUCAGCUAGUGCAUUCCUCAAAGAAGAAGUUUUUGGCCUUGGAUCGUCUCCAGGCCUCCGUUCACUACCACCAGGCCCAGAGCGCGACUUCCUCACCCUGUCAUGGGGUCCGAUCAUUUACCGCACGUCCUACGCACCUGACACCAAGCGUCUUCUCCCGGUAUUCCUGCGCUGCCUCAACGACGCCGUGGGCCAAUCUUUACGUCGAACGCUGACAGGCUCCGAUGAGCAACUCCGUAUCUUGACAGAGACUUUUUCAUCCAAGAUCUUCAGUUCUCGUGAUAUGUACGCCGACAUGGACGAAGCCGCGAUUCGACAAGUUUUCCACGAUUUCAAGGUGUCGCUGGCGAUCCCUGAGGCCGAACUUCCGAGUAGACUGCGUGUAUGCUUGAUGGUCGAUGACGUGGUUCUCUCACAUUUGAAAACUGCUUUAGAUGUUUCCUCCAUGGUUGAGGGAGAUGCUGAGUCGGGAAGGUGCUGGGUGAAGGUAGUUGAGGAAAAUUUCCCCGAUUCGAGGAUGACCGAUCAUCCGCAAAUUGAUACCGUUGGAGUGUCUACUUGUGUGAGAAAUUAUCGGGGAGAAUAUCAUGGGUGGACCACGGUGGCUCUUGAUGCGUUGGUGGAGGUUUUUGAUGGGCUGAGACAGCUCAAGUCUUUGGUUGAUUAUCAUCGCGAAGGACGAGUAUACUUGGGAGAAGGGAAUUGGAGCAAAUAG